UGUGUAUCCCUAAAAUAUCCUUACAAACUUUUUUUACUGUCUAUAUUUUUGCAUAUCAGAAUUCGAUGGAAUGAGUUACCCAACGAGUUUCGGACAAUACCCCAUACAAGUAGGGAUUUCUUCAUAGUUAAGUGAGUUGUGAUGAGUGAACGCGAGGAAACGAGACGGGGGGUGAGUCAGGAACAAAAAAUGGCAGGUGACUCACCAGCCGACUCGCCAUCUCCUUCCCCAAACAAACGUCUCAAAAUCACAACCCCUAAUUCGAAAUCAAUCAUCCAAGACGAACCUAGUAAUCAUCAUCAAGAACAACAAUCAGCGGACGGUGAUGAUUCAGAUACCGAGAGAUGCGGAAUAUGCUUAUCGGACGGUGGAAGAAGAGCAAUCAGAGGCAAGAUCGACAGCUGCGGUCAUUUUUUCUGCUUUGUUUGUAUCAUGGAAUGGGCCAAGGUGGAGUCGCGUUGCCCUAUGUGCAAGCGCAGGUUCACCUCCAUUCAUAGAACUCCGAAGGAAGGUGUCUUUGCUUCCGAACGGAUCGUUAACGUCCCUCAACGAGAUCAGGUUUACCAUCUCUUUGGAAAUGCGACAUCUGAGCCAUUUGAUCCUUAUGCAGAAGUUAAAUGUAGUGUGUGCCAUGAUAUAGCUAAUGAAAGCCUUCUACUACUUUGUGAUCUCUGUGAUUCAGCUGCUCAUACUUAUUGUGUUGGAUUGGGUGCAACUGUACCUGAUGGUGACUGGUUUUGUCAUGACUGUGCUCUUUCCAGGUCUGAACAUGAAAAAACUGAGGUUGAUAUUGACACUGAUGAUCAAAUGAUCUCUGCAAACUCUAAUGUAAAAUUAUCAGCGAAGACAAAUUUUUCAAUUUUUGAUAUUGUUCAAGAAUCAAAUAUCCCAGGAUUAGCAGGACAUAAUGUAAGUGUGUCUUCAUUUCCUAAUGAUUUGCCACCUGCUAUCGUCCCUGGAUUUGAAAGCAGUGGUGAAGAUGAAGUAAGUCGUCCAAGUGAAAGAAGUAGGAAUACUGUGGGUAAUUCAACUGAAUCGGGUGCGAGAACAUUGCGUCUUUGUCGCAAUGUCCACAGCCGCAUACGAGCCCUUCGCGAAAAUUGGCAUGCACUGCAAAGUAGAUCAUUAAGUUUCUCUUCUAAUAUGGUUGAAUCUGGUGGUGGAAGUUGUAGAAAAGGUAAGUUCACUGCAGUAUUUAAUUGUAGAUCAAGUGAAUCACAAUCAUCCUCUUCCACAAGUAAACAAUCUACUUCUCAAGACAGUUUUGUUGAGCCUAAGGGAGACUUGUAUGAUAUUGGCAAGGCAUGGAAAAUGAUGAAUAUUGCAAAGUCAAUGCAAAAGAAUUGUAAGAGGACUAGUAGUCUUAGCCAGACCUCAACAAAACUCUCUUGCCUUGGAAAUACUUCAAAAGAGGCAAUUGGCAGUUCAGGUCUUCAUAUAUCUAAAAUUCAGCGAAAUGAAACUAGGAAUGAGCAAAGAACAGGCAAAGAGAAGUCUUACAUGUAUUAUUGUCAUGAAAGGGAAAAGGAAAAGCACGAAUCUCCAGAGGCUGAAAAGCAGAAGAGGAAGGUUAUGAAUAUAGAAUCCAGUGAGGGAGUUCUUACUUCUCAUUCACCUCGUUUUUUUCAAACUCCAUCAUCUACAAAGGUCCAUAUUGAAAAUGGCUAUCAUGUAAAAGAUGUGGGGCCAUUUGUGAAAAAUGCACAAAAUAGAUGUCCAGAAUCAUCACCUAAUGUAAACACAGAGGGCCAACCUUCUUGUUCAACUAGUUUGGUUGAUUCAAUUCUAGGAGGAUCUGCUGAUUCAUUGGAUUCCAACUUGGAGGUGGGUGUAUCUAAGUUAAAUAUACCUGAGGCGAGAACCAGGUUGGAGAAGAAUUGUUCCAAAAGCAAGGAUAGAAAAGAUGAUAAUGUCAAAAGUGAGAUCCAAUCCCUUGUUAAACUCAAUUUGAAGCUCCUAAGCCAAGACAAAAAAUUAGGAGUUGAUGCAUUCAAGGAGAUUGCGAGGCUUGCUACCCAUACCAUCUUGGCAGCAUGUGGUUUUCAGCAUUCAAAAUCCACUAUCCACUCUUUUCCGAGGUCAGUAUGUAGCCAUUCUGAAGAUAUGAACCUGCGACAUAAGUCCACUUUGAUGCCAAAUUCUUGCCGAGAAUGUUUCUAUGUUUUCGUAAAGAAUGUUGUUUGCUCCAUUAUGAUUGAGAAAGGUCACUGUUGACCCUUAUAAGGUUUUACUACCAAGCCGUUAGGAGCACAUCACUUACAAUAAUUGUAUUACAAUUAAUCAAUCAGAUUUUAGAGUUAUAUAGAGUCUAUCAAAAUAUUAUGUAGAGUCCACUCUGAUAAGUGGUGGAUCUUUACAUAUUUAUUGAUUGUAAUUAGACAAUUGUAGCUUGUAAGAAACGUAAAAUAAUAAUGCACAAAUUUAAGUUGGGGUUAUCUUUAUUUAUC